GUGUUUUUUCAGUAUGGCAUCUGGUCCGAGGCUAAAGGCGUUCUUGGUUCGGUGAAUUUAUUCUCUUUCCCAAUCCGUGUCCAGCAAAUUAACCUCCGAAACAGAAGAUGGCAAUGUAGAGGAUCUGUAAUAAGCGUCGAAGAAAAAGCUCUUUCAUGUAAAGUGUUUAUGAAGAGGAGUGAGAAUGAAGCUCCUGCGACGCGUUUGAAGUUGUUCAUGUGGCUUGUUUACAUGAGGAACGAUGUCUAGUGUUCUAGCAAGGACUCUAUUUUAUCCCACACUGGCUUACAAUGCUGUCAUGGAGAAGAUCACUUCCAGGCAGUGGUAUAAUCGCGUGGACCCUACUGUCAUUCUCGGUGCUCUUCCAUUCAGGUCAAUGACAGAGGAGUUGGUCCAAAAAGAGAAAGUCAGAGGAGUUAUUACUAUGAAUGAAGAAUAUGAGACAAACUAUUUCUGCAAUUCAGCUGAGGAGUGGCGAGCGGUUGGCGUUGACCAGAUCAGACUCAGCACGGUGGACCUGACAGGUGUUCCCAGCCUAGAGCACAUUCACAGUGGUGUGGACUUUGCCUUGAAACAUCGAGAGCAGGGCACCAGUGUCUAUAUUCACUGCAAGGCUGGCCGCUCACGCAGUGCAACUAUUGCAGCCGCAUACCUCAUCAGGCUACACUGCUGGAGUCCAGAGGAGGCCUGUAAGAUGCUGGCCUCGGUCCGGCCUCAUGUGCUGAUCCGUUCAGCCCAGUUGGAGAUUCUGCAGGAGUACUACAAGCAAGUGUGCGGCUCAGAGUCCAGCUAGAAGACACACAGUGUACAAAUGCAGAGAAUAAUGCUAAAUCUGAUAUAUUGUAGAGCCUUAAUAAGUUGUUUUUCCUUGUUGGAAUGCAUAUUUUUCUAUAUAUUCUUUUAAUAAUUAGUGUACUGUACAUAAAAGCAGACUUAAAGCUAUAAUAACAUCCAUCUGGAUUACACUGUGAAUAAAACAAUAUUGUUGUUAUUUCUGUUACAUCAGAUGUUUUAGAUCAGGGGUCACCAAACUCGGGGUGACCUCUGUUUUGGACAGUUAAGGCUAGCAUGGAUACAGCUGCAGCUGGUUUAGGGUUGGGGUAGGUGUAGACGCUAAUAAAACACGGUCUAAUAGGUAGAGAAUUUAAUUUAUUGUUAACUUCCGGCCGUAGCUGUAUCCCUUUUAGCCACAAGCGCUUUAGACAGUGACAGGGUUCCCAUGUGUCCUGUAAAUCCUGGAAAAUUGAUGACUACUUUCCAGUCUUGGAAAACACAUGGAACAUUUUAGAAAAUGUAAAAUGUCCUGGAAAAUGUUUUUAAAAAUGUAAUUGUGUUUUCCUUUAGCCAAGAAUGAACAGUUUAUACCUCCAUAUAAUGAAUAUCAAAAUAGUGUUUAUAAGCUGCUGCUUGAAUCUGCAUCUCA